CCGGUCUACCCUCUCAACCCUUGUCCGUAUCAUCAACAACAUCAACAUGGGUCUCUUUGGCGAAAUCGAGGGACUGCUCUCGAACCAUCAGGGCCAGCAGGUUCACCAGGAGAUCUACACGCAGCAGUAUGUGCCCGAGCAGCACCAGGGUUCGUGGACGCACGAAGCGAUCGCGGGCGCUGCUGGUUUCGAGGCCAUGAAGGCGUACGAGAACCACCUUCGCGAGACCGGGCAGCAGCCUAGCCAUGCACUGAUGAAGGAGCUCCUGGCCGGGUUCGCUGCGGCCGAGGUCGACAAGCUCGUCGAGACGAAGGGGUUGGAUUACAUCGAUCGCGAGAAGGCGAAGCGCCACGCCGUCGCGCAGGCUCAUCAGGCUACGGAGGUCCUCCCCAGGGCCAGUACGGCGAGGGCGAGCACCACCACCGCCACCAUCGCCAGGAGGGGUGGUGAGGUCGCUUUGCACUGCUGGGAAUGAUAUAUAACGGAGACCGGAAUGGGGUCGAUUGAGCGUCGAUUGAUGGUGUAUGUACGAUGGAGCUUAGCCUUGAUACCACGAAACCCAGCGACUCGGUGUUGAAUAUUUCUGUGAUUU